UAAACAUUUCUUUCCAAUUUUGAAACGGUAGGUUCCUAUUUCUAACAACAUUGCUAUAACAGUAGGGGUUAUAGUAUCAACAUUAGCAAUGAGAAAACGAGAGACUAGAAUUUCAAGAAUUACUCCCGGACUAAUGGGGCAGGCUGGAGCGCCUGGAGCAGGGCUACUGAGGCAGGCUGAAGCGCCUGGAGCAGGGCUACUCGGGCAGGCUAGAGUGCCUGGAGCUGGACUACUGGGACAGGCUGUAGCGCCUGGAGCCGAAUCACUGAGGCUGGAUAGAGCACGAAAAGCCGAACUAGCUGCACUAAUGAGGCAGGCUGGAGCGCCUGGAGCUGGGCUACUGGAGCAGGCUGGAGAGCCUGGAGCUGGAUCACAGAGGCAGGCUGGAGCGCCUGGAGCUGGACUACUGAGGCAGGCUGGAGCGCCUGGGGCCGGAUCACUGAUGCAGGCUGGAGUUCAAGGAGCUGGACUACUGAGGCAGGCUGGAGCUCCUGGAGCCGGACUACCGAGGCAGGCUGGAGCGCCUGGGGCCGGAUCACUGAGGCAGGCUGGAGUUCAAGGAGCUGGACUACUGAGGCAGGCUGGAGCUCCUGGAGCCGGACUACCGAGGCAGGCUGGAGCGCCUGGGGCCGGAUCACUGAGGCAGGCUGGAGUUCAAGGAGCUGGACUACUGAGGCAGGCUGGAGCUCCUGGAGCCGGACUACCGAGGCAGGCUGGAGCGCCUGGGGCCGGAUCACUGAGGCAGGCUGGAGUUCAAGGAGCUGGACUACUGAGGCAGGCUGGAGCUCCUGGAGCCGGACUACCGAGGCAGGCUGGAGCGCCUGGGGCCGGACUACAGAGGCAGGCUGGA